GCUGGGACAUACCCGGUUUCUCUGCAGUGUAGUAGUGAGGAGGAGCAGCUCCAGAAUUGUAAGCCAACUUUUUCUGGUGUUUGCAUGGAUGCACAGUUUCUCUAAACUUUUUUUUAAAAACAUAUUUAAGGUUUUAAGAGCGACCACCAUGAACACAAACUUUAGAUUAUAAGGAUAGACUGAACAUAUAAAACCUUCUGCGGAAGGAAAUCCAAAACUUGGAAAAGCUGCUUUUUUGUGUGUGAGAGACAGAGUCUGGGGCUGGGAUACCACCGCUGCUACUGCUGCUCGGGUGUCUGGGCUGAAGGGGAGAAUCUCAGUGAGGCUUCACAGGAUGGCAGAGUUCAAAAGGAGAUGAAAAGAGGAGAGCAAAGGAGGUCUGUGUGCGGAACUUGAGAGCUGCAGAAGUGAUUUGGUCCUGGGCUCUGUCUGCACUCUCGGACUGGAGCUGACAAUGAAGAUGAACAUGCAGUGCAGAUGGAUUGGUCAAGACAAAGAUACAGAGCUUCCUGUUUGUGUCUGAUGGAUUACAGUGUUUUUUAUGAGCUGCUGACAUGAAUUCAGAGGCUGGUGAGAUGUGGGAGUGCUCAUCUUCAGGAGAAAUCUGAGACCUGGAUGAGCCUUCAAGCACGCACCCUCUACCCCUACCCCAUGUCACAUCUUUCCCUGAAUUAUGGAAAUUUUGUGGAAGACGCUGACUUGGACACUGAGCCUGGUGGUGAUGACUGCUUCUGAAUUUCAAAGUUUCAACAAACUCUCACACAACUCCCAAGAGGAGUUCCUGUCCUACCUGCAGCACUACCAGUUGACUGUCCCGGUGCAGGUGGAUGAGAAUGGAGAGUUCCUGAGCUACACUGUGAAGCACCACCGGCCAGGCCGACGGAGACGGGGGGCGGUGGAUCCGAUGAUGGGAGCCCAGCCCGCGUUAGACCCACUGGAGCCCCGACUGUUCUACAGACUGUCAGCCUAUGGAAAGCACUUUCACUUAAACCUGACUCUCAACCCCCACUUGGUGUCAAAACAUUUUACAGUGGAGUACUGGGGUAAAGAAGGGCUGGAGUGGCGGCAUAAUAUGGUAGAUAACUGUCACUAUAUUGGAUUCUUGCAAAAUCAGCACAGUACAACUAGAGUGGCACUCAGCAACUGCAAAGGCCUGCACGGUGUUAUUACAACAGAGGAAGAACAGUAUUUAAUAGAGCCUUUAAAGAACAUAUCCUCAACCACCUCUGGUGAAUGGAACCUGGAAGAAGCACAGCAGCAUGUUAUUUAUAAAAUGUCUGCCAUUCCCUCACCACAAGAGCAUAGCCAGGAGUUCAGCUGUGGCAUUUCAGACCUCAUUAAAACCAGUGCACCUUGCCAGCUUAGCACGCCUUCGCCCCAAAACUACAGCAAGCUGUCAAACAGCACCCACAGACAGAAGCGAUCCAUCAGCACUGAGCGCUUUGUGGAGACGCUUGUGGUUGCUGAUAAAAUGAUGGUCGGUUACCACGGACGCAAAGACAUUGAGCACUACAUCCUGUCCGUAAUGAAUAUUGUUGCCAAACUUUACCGUGAUGCCAGCCUAGGAAAUGUUGUGAACAUUAUUGUGACCCGGCUGAUUGUUCUGACUGAAGAUCAGCCAAAUCUGGAAAUUAAUCAUCAUGCUGACAAGUCUCUGGACAGUUUCUGUAAGUGGCAGAAGUCCAUCCUGUCUCAUCACAGCAAUGGAAACAGUAUUCCAGAGAAUGGGAUGGCUCAUCAUGACAAUGCUGUCCUAAUCACCCGGUAUGACAUCUGCACCUACAAGAACAAACCUUGUGGUACCUUAGGUCUGGCCUCAGUGGCUGGAAUGUGUGAGCCAGAGAGGAGCUGCAGCAUCAAUGAAGACAUCGGCCUCGGUUCUGCUUUCACCAUUGCGCACGAGAUUGGCCACAAUUUUGGGAUGAACCAUGAUGGGAUUGGGAAUUCUUGCGGUACCAAAGGUCACGAGACAGCCAAACUGAUGGCUGCUCAUAUAACAGCCAACACCAACCCUUUCUCCUGGUCUGCCUGCAGCAAAGACUACAUCACCAGCUUUCUUGACUCAGGUCGGGGGACGUGUCUGGACAAUGAACCUCUGAAACGAGACUUCCUGUACCCAACAGUGGCCCCGGGGCAGGUGUAUGAUGCAGAUGAGCAGUGUCGCUUCCAGUAUGGAACCUCUUCACGCCAGUGCAAGUAUGGGGAAGUGUGUAGAGAGCUCUGGUGCCUUAGCAAAAGCAACCGUUGUGUAACUAACAGUAUUCCUGCUGCAGAGGGGACCCUGUGCCAGACAGGCAACAUUGAGAAAGGGUGGUGCUACCAGGGGGAGUGCGUUGCGUUUGGUACCUGGCCUCAGAGUGUGGAUGGAGGCUGGGGGCCAUGGUCCAUUUGGGGGGAGUGCAGCAGGACCUGUGGGGGCGGUGUAUCCUCCUCCAUGAGGCACUGUGACAGCCCAGCCCCAUCUGGAGGAGGCAAGUACUGUCUCGGAGAGAGGAAACGAUACAGAUCCUGUAACACUAACGCGUGCCCUGUAGGAUCUCGUGAUUUCCGAGAGAAGCAGUGCGCUGAUUUUGACAACUCCCCUUUCCGCGGGAAGUACUACAACUGGAAGCCUUACACUGGGGGUGGUGUGAAGCCCUGUGCGCUGAACUGCUUGGCAGAAGGCUAUAACUUCUACACUGAGCGGUCUCCUGCUGUCAUAGAUGGCACCCAAUGUCAGGCUGACUCGCUGGACAUUUGCAUUAAUGGAGAGUGUAAGCAUGUUGGCUGUGACAACAUACUCGGCUCAGAUGCCAAAGAAGACAGAUGCCGUGUGUGUGGAGGGGAUGGCAGCACCUGCGAGGCCACAGAGGGACUCUUUAACAAGUCUCUACCCAGAGGAGGCUACAUGGAGGUGGUUCAAAUCCCAAAAGGUUCUGUUCACAUAGAAAUCAAAGAAGUGACUAUGUCAAAGAACUAUAUUGCUUUGAAAUCUGAAGGGGAUGAUUAUUACAUCAAUGGAGCGUGGACUAUUGACUGGCCCAGGAAGUUUGACAUUGCAGGGACAGCCUUCCACUACAAGAGACCCUCUGAUGAACCAGAGUCUUUAGAAGCGUUGGGUGCUACCACUGAAAAUCUGGUUGUCAUGGUCCUCCUUCAAGAGCAGAACCUUGGAAUACACUACAAGUUCAACGUCCCCAUCCAGCGCACAGGGAGUGGUGAUAAUGAGGUGGGCUUCUCCUGGCACCACCUGCCCUGGUCUGAAUGCUCAGCUACCUGUGCCGGAGGUUCUCAGAAGCAGGAGUUAGUCUGUAAAAGGCUGGACGACAACUCAGUGGUACAGAACAACUACUGUGACCCAGACAGCAAACCUCCAGAAAACCAGAGAGACUGCAAUACUGAGCCGUGUCCUCCAGAAUGGUUUAUUGGCGACUGGUCAGAGUGUCCAAAGACGUGCGAUGGCGGGAUAAGGACGAGGACAGUCCUCUGUAUCAGGAAGAUUGGUCCCGCUGAGGAGGAGACACUGGAGGACACUCACUGUUUGACUCAUCGGCCUAUCGAGAGAGAGUCCUGCAACAACCAGUCCUGUCCUCCAAAGUGGGUCACCCUGGAUUGGUCUGAGUGCACACCUAAAUGUGGUCCUGGCUUUAAGCACCGCAUUGCCUUGUGUAAGAGCAGCGACCUCACCAAGACCUUUCCGCCUGCCCGCUGCUCGAUCCAUAACAAACCUCAAGUCCGAAUGCGCUGCACUUUAGGGCGCUGUCCUCCUCCCCGCUGGAUCCCUGGUGAAUGGGGACAGUGUUCAGCACAGUGUGGUCUGGGCCAGCAGAUGAGGACGGUACAGUGUCUGUCCUACACAGGACAGCCAUCGAAUGACUGCGCAGAGUCCCUCCGACCAGCCACCAUGCAGCAGUGUGAGAGCAAGUGCGAUGCCACCCCGAUCUCCAGUGGUGAUGAAUGCAAAGAUGUAAACAAAGUGGCUUAUUGCCCGCUGGUACUGAAGUUCAAGUUCUGCAGUCGAGCGUACUUCAGACAGAUGUGCUGCAAGACAUGCCAGGGGCACUGACCCUUUGAAUACAAGAGCGAGACAAGAAGAUGGCCAUAAAGGCAAGAAAGAUGGAGGGAUACAGUGCUUAAGAGGGUGAGAAGAAAACAGCAGACUGGAAAAUGCAUCCCGACUCUGAACCAGUGGAAGAAUGAAAAAGUUGUCAAUGUUGAAGACGGGAGAAAAGUGAGGAUUUCCCUGUUUAUCACACCCCAUACUCCUGCCCUCUGUCGUGGUGGAAUCUAAACCACUGCUCAGCCCAUAAUGCUGACACAAACAUUAUUUUUUUGUUUUUUACAUUUUCACUUCUGUGAAGUGGAACUCGGAAGAUUAACUGUUGGUGAUGUUAUCUUUUAUUAUAAUAAUAAUUAUUAAUAUCAUUGUUAGUCUUCCUCAGUGUUUGUUUUUUUUACGAAUCCAAAGUGCUGGACACAUCGCUCACAGAGGAUGUACCCCGGAGAUUAGAAGAGGGGGGAUGGGAGACUCCUGUCUUUGGGAUGACUGUGAUGGUGCUAAUGGCAGAGCAGACUUCUGGCUUCGGUGCACUUUUUUCAUGUAAAUACCAAUUUACUGCUCAAAUGCAACAGAGAAUCCCUGUUGGUGUACUGUAUAUUUAUUGUACAAUCCAAAACAGAGCUGAUAUAUUGUCCUCUGAUCAUCUUUUUGCCAGAUAGUAGCCUACUGUUAUGGAAGGGAAUGUAAUGUGAUUGAAUUCAUAUUCAGUUUCUUUGUGCUUGAGUGAAAAUAUUACAUACUGUAACAUAUGUUAAACCCUUGUAUACUGUAAGGAUUUGUAUAUUAUAUAUAUAUGUUAAUCCAGGGCCAAAAAAUACACCGUGGUUAUUGGAGAUUUUUAAAUCCCCCCCCCCCCCCCCCCCCCAGCUGGGUGCCUUAGUUCUUAACAGUCAGGUAAAAGUUCACCCAAAAUCACCAAAGUCAUCUUUUCAAAUGGUGCCUACGCCACAUGAAAAAUUAGUGACCAGACCUUUACCUAGCAUCUUACUGAGUUUAGUAGUAAAGGAUUUAUAUGUUUUGUUCAUCUGAGUCAAAGUGCAGUCACCAUUACAUACUCUCUUUAAGGAUCUUUUUGAGGUAAACUAAUAGCCCCGCAGUUUGCAAAAUGGCCUUCUUACCAAUGAUUACAUGAAAAGAUUGAUGUAUGAGGUCUGGGCAAGACGAUUGUUAGCUCAGGCCUCAGUCACACUUUCAUACUGGCAACACAAAUAGAGUGAUCCUCAGCAAACCUCCUUGUGAUUGCUUUAGUUGCUAGCAGAUUCCUGUGGUCACCUGUAGUUUGCAUGAAAAAUGCCAACUUGUCUGCAGACAUUUAUUUCUUGACCUUUAAUGACAUUUUAAUUAGUUUACAUUUGCUUUUAAAGAAUAAGUUGUGUCUUACUGCUGCAACCUACAUAUUUUGGAAUGUGUAACUUUUACUUUGAAAGCAAAUGUUUAGGUUACACUUACCAUUUCACUAUCGCUUGGUAAGUCCGCUUCUUCCAUGCAAAAAAACAGCUGAACAUGGAAAUCUGCCAGUGUCCAAAGCAAUUUCAGAGAAUUUUUUUGUCCAGCACCCUCUCAGCGACCAAUUUAUGCUAGUGACUGCCAGCAACCUCCAGCAAUCAGUUGCCAAACAGUCGUAAAAUACACACGGGGGUUGGCAGGAGGUCAUUAACUGGUCUGCACACUAGUGUGCACAGCUGUUUGACUAAGACCUUAGGAAAAGUGGAGGGAAAAUGCUGAUUAGCUAGGGUGACAUGAAUCAACCUAUUAGCACAUCUAAAGCUCACCAAUUUACAAUUAACAUUUAAUGUAAAAAAAAGAAGAAAAAAAAAGGAUCAUUAAAAGUCACCAUUUAAAUGUAAAUUACGACAUAAAUCAUUAAGUGUUUAUAAUGUUGCUUUUGUAUUUAGUACAAAACCAGCUCCAUAUAAAUGCCGUAUGAAGACCAGUUCAGCAACAGCUAACAUAUCUGUUUAAUUUAGCUCUGUGAUCUUUAAAUAAGCAGUACUGUAUCUGCUUGAAGCCACCAAUGCAAGCAAAGACUUAAUUUGAAGAUUUGGUUGUCAAUAUUGUUGAACACUUCUGGCUUUAUGGGAGGUUAAACACAGGACUACUUGUGACCUGGAGUCCCUACUGGCUGCCUGACUUGUGAAGCUGAUGCUUUAAAGGGGACUAAUGAACUAAAUGUAGCCUAUCCAUUCAUUCUCAUCAAAGAUGCUUGCUGGCACAUAAUAAAACCAACUAGGCAUUUUGGAGCUGGGUAUGUGCAUCAGAAACUGAAACUGAAAAACAUACUUUUAAAAAUUGUUCUAAUGAAAAAACAACCCCCCCCCCCCAAAAAAAAUGGGAGGUGAUAUAGGACAAAAUUAAGAUUUAGAGUGUUUAAGAAAGCAACCUUCCAGCCUUUUGGACUAAGUUAACAUGUGGGAUUAUUCACAGGGAAGUGAACAGACCUGUUUCACAAAUAUUGAGAUAUUGCUGUUAAAUAUACAUGCAAACACCACUUUUGUUGCCAGGCUAUGUAAGCGGGCGUCACUCUGCUGCUCACAGACACCACAUUCUGCCUCCUACCCCCAUCAUGUUCAUCAUCAUCAUCAUCAUCAUCAUCAUCAUCAUCAUCAUCAUCAUCAUCAUCUUUGUCCCAUAAAUGAAUAAAAAAACAAAACAAAAACAGCAUACUCAGUGGUGCUUGCCCUGCUCUUGUAUUUUUUUUUUUUUAAUUUCCAAGAAAUACUGUGUUUACCUCUCUUUCCUCCUGCUAUGCUUCGAGGCUUGCAGCCUUCCCAGGCUUCUGGUGCUAUCAAGUGGGUGCUUCCAUUCAAACCCGUUCCAGUGUGCUAAUAAGAAAAGAAAAGUGAGGCUGGAUCCAAACAGUAUGAAAAAAAUAUAUAUAUACUUGUCAAAAUUUCUGUUGAUUUAAUGCUGGUCAUGUUAUCGUUUAGUUUGUAUCUGUCUAUACCUCACACUGGGAAUUUUCAUUGUCAACUGUGUAUUGUUGCUUGUGCAGCCAACAAAACAGUCACACCCCCGGACGAAAGCGAUCACUUCACCCAGGUGACGUUUGGGUUGUGAAAGGGGAACAGCAAUUAAAGUGUGUAAGGAUCUUGUCAGAGCUGUUAAAACCGACGUUAUAAUUUUGCUGCUGCUACGUUUUUUUUGUUUUGUUUUGUAGCCACCUUCAGAAUGACAGUGCUGAGCAGAUUUUGUUGGAAAGGAUGGUGGAUGCUGCAUUCAAAGACAGCAGAAUUCAAACUGCUUGAACUGACUCAUCUACUGGCUGUGGGAUUAAGAAGCUCCAUUUUAAAAAAAAGAAAAAGAAAAGACAACUUAAUCAAACUGGUACUCGUUGCUGUGAACUUGGAUAUUUGAAUGUCACAUUGCUUCAAAACGUAUCUGAAGUGCAAGCGAAAUGAAAAGCAUCAUGUGAUUAGCUGCAUAUAUUUUGUAUUCAGUAUUAUUGUUGGUACACUGUUACUAAUUUUUUUUCAAAUGUAAAUUAUAUGCUAAUUUAUUGCAUUGUCACUUGUACAUUGAUUUCACUGCAUGCAAACUGAAAUUUAGCAUAGUGAAAAAAAAAUGCCGUGAUACGGCCCUUCACCAACUUUUUUUUAAGUAGAUAAAUGAAUAAAAAGAGCAGCUUUUAAACAGAA